AGAGGCACGACUAGAAACACUAGAUAAUGCAGCAUGAUUGCCUUCUCUAUUAAAUUCCCGAACGCCGGAAAUGGAACGCUUCUUCCCAUAGUCCCAUACAUACAUAGUCACCUCGAUCCAGCUCGAGAUCACUGCCCAGUCCAGCCGACGACCUUAGUGGACUGACAUGGAGGUCGAGAUGCCAACCCAAGACCGUGCUGAGGGGCAGCAGGGCAAGACAUCGAAGGCCAGCGCGUGGCAGCUCACGGUCAGCGCCGCCACGAACCCGCUCCUGGUGGUCAACUUCGUCCUCUUGGCCGCCGGCACGGCGUGCGGCCCGCUGCUCCUCCGCGCAUACUUCGUCCACGGCGGCACCCGCAAGUGGCUCUCCAGCCUGCUCCAGACCGCCGGCUGGCCGCUGCUCCUCGUCCCGCUCUGCGCCUCCUUCUUCUCCCGCCGCCGCCGCCACCUCCAGGAUCAUGGCAGCAGCUGCGAGCUCUUCUUCAUGACGCCGAGACUCCUGGCCGCGUCUACGGCCAUCGGCGUCAUGACCGGCGUCGACAACUUCUUCUACGCGUACGGGCAGGCCUAUUUGCCAGUGUCCACCUCCUCGAUCCUGCUCUCCACGCAGCUGGUGUUCACGGCCGCCUUCGCGCUGCUGCUCGUGCGGCAGCGGUUCGCGGCCGCCACGGUGAACGCCGUGGUGCUGCUCACGGUCGGCGCGGCCAUGCUGGGGAUGAACGCCGGAGGGGACCGGCCCGCGGGGGUGUCGGCGCCGCAGUACCGCGCCGGGUUCGGCAUGGUGCUGGGCGCCGCCGCGCUCUACGGGCUCCUGCUGCCCGCCAUGGAGCUCAGCCAGGCGCGCCACGCGGCGCGCGGCGCCGUCACCUACACGCUCGUCGUCGAGAUCCAGCUCGUCAUCGGGCUCAGCGCCUCGGCCUUCUGCGCCAUUGGCAUGAUCAUCAACAAAGAUUUUCAAGAAAUCCCAGCAGAAGCCCGAGAGUUCGAGCUUGGCGAGGCGGGCUACUACCUGCUGCUGGUCGGCACAGCCUCCGUGUUCCAAUGCAUCUGUCUCGGCACGAUCGGUGCCAUCUUCUAUGGCUCGGCGCUGCUCGCCGGAGUGGUUCUCGCCAUGUUCAUCCCGGUCAACGGGAUGCUUGCUGUCCUCUUCUUCCACGAGCCUUUCAGCGCCACCAAGGGCAUUGCCCUGGGCCUCUCCCUCUGGGGCCUCCUCUCCUAUUUCUACGGGGACGUCCGGACCAAGCAAGCGCUCCAGUCCGACAAGCAUCAGGAUACAGAGCACCCGACGGUCUAAAUAAUAUUCAUGCGGGCUGUGUGAUUGCGAAAAUUAAUGGUACGAAAAAAAGGCAUGCGUGAGUCCUCACAGAAUAUAUAAGAUAGUCUCUCCGAUCCAUAACAAGUGCUCAGAUUUAUUAUGAAUCGGAGGAAGUACAAAAAUUAUACACGAGAUUUUCCUUUUGUAGUUUGUAAGCACAUUUUUAAGAUCAAUAAAAGAACGAUAUCCGUAAGCUGUAUAUAUGUACACUUUUGUAAUUUGUAAUGGCGAAACAAUUUCUUAGUGGUGUCGGGACAUUUUUUUAUUCAUGAAACAUUUCAUUUUAAAUUGAAGGAACAAAGGUGUUCAUGAACUCCA